CGCCCCGGCCUCCGGCCGGCGCUCCCGGGCGGCGGCCCUUCCCGCGAGAGUCCGGGCCCGCUCGGCCAGCGGAGGUCCGGGCGGCAGCUCUGGGUGGAGGCGGGUCGGCCAGGCCUUGUCUUCAUCCGCGAUGCUCCCGAUUUCAAAAGGCUCCAGAGCAACCUUUGGGUCCUUUCUCCACAAGGGAAAGGAAUAGUAUCUCUGUCGUUCUCGUCCCGGCACUCCGGCCCCAAUGGCCCCCUGUCCCCGGGUCCCGGUGAGCACUCGGUGGCUUUGUUCCGGCCGUGGGUGUCGGUUAUUGAAGUUUGAGAGAUGGCUAAUGAAUGAUGCUUGAUGACAGAUGAGAAAUGCCUCCUGCAUAAAGAUUGAUGGUAUGAGGCAAGACUCCUACUUAAUCAAGAGGAAUUGAGAUUAACUUAUCCAUUAAAUUCAGAAACUGUCUUGAAGAGACUUUGGGAAUAAGACAUGUUAAGGCAGAUUUCAUUAACAGAUUCACAGGAUGCCAGCCAUUGACCUUUUCCCUUGUGAUUGGGAGAUUUGUCUUAAUGCCAGAUGGUCAGCACCUCAGUGGAAUAUUUUGGAUGGGAAAAAAUCCAGUGUGGUGGAAAUGGAGAGAAACUACAUUGGAGAGAAAUCAAUUUUAACCAUUGUGAAGAAGCCUUGAAUGAACACUCAUGCCUUAAGGCUCAAAGGAAAACUUACAUUAGAAAGAAAACUUGUCUGCAUGCUCCAGUCCAGGAGCCUGGCCAGGAGGGAGACACAAGAGGAAGAAUGGCUGCAGGAUUGCUGACAACCUGGUCACAGGACUUGGUGACCUUCGAGGAAGUGGCAGUGGACUUUUCACAGGAGGAGUGGGCACUGCUGGACCCUGCUCAGAAAAUCCUGUACAGAGACGUGAUGCUGGAGAACUUUAGGAACCUAGCCUCAGUGGCAGGGUAUCAUCUCUGCAAACACAGUCUGUUCACCGAGGUGGAGCAGGAAGAGCUGAGGCCAGAGCAGAGACGAAUUCUCCAAGGUGCUUAUAGAGACCAGGAUACUCAACUUAAAUCAAAAGACGCAAUUCUUACACAGAAUGUUCCUGGGGAAAAAACUUCCAAUGGCAUAAAAACGGUGAGAUUCACUAGAAAUGGUUCCUGGUUUUUUAGAAUGGGAGAACUCUGUGAAUUUCAAGGAAUUAAAACAGCAGCAGCACCCAAACAAGGGGAGACACUUGAGGCAACAACUCACCCUGGUGAGAAACCAAUGGAAUUUAAUCAUUGUGGAAAAUUCUUUAGAAAGAACUGUCACCUUAUUUGUCCAAGAUAUUGCAAGAGAGAGAAAUGCAACAAAUAUAAAGAAUAUGGGCAAGACUCUGGCCAUCCCUCAACUCUUAGGAGUCAUGUGAGUACUCACACUGGAGAGAAAAUUAUUGAAUUUAAUGGUUGUGGAAAAUUUUUCAAUCAAGAGUCAUCCCUUAGGAAACACUUAACUCUCACAGGAGAGAAAUCUUCUGAGUGUAAUCAACAUCUUAUGUCCUUCAACUUACACUCUUCCUUUUCAGUACAUCAACAAAUACCUACUGGAGAGAAACUCUGUGAAUGCAGUGACUAUGGAAAAAGAUCUUCCCUUAGUUUCCACAAAAAAAUGUGUACUGUGGAGGAAAGCUCAAAAUGUAAUGAACAUGAGAAAGUUUUCACUGGCCCCUUGUCCCUUCAGAUAUGUGUGAGACCUCAUGCUGGAGAGAAACGUUAUGAAUGCAGCAAUUGUGGGAAAGCCUUUGUUUUUCAGUCUUCCCUUAAGAAACAUGUGAGAUCACACACUGGAGAGAAACCUUACGAGUGUAAUCAUUGUGGAAAAUCCUUCAGCCAGAGCUCUCAUCUUAAUGUGCACAAAAGAACUCACACUGGAGAGAAACCCUAUGACUGUAAGGAAUGUGGCAAGGCUUUCACUGUUCCUUCAUCCCUUCAGAAACAUAUGAGAACACACACUGGAGAGAAACCCUAUGAAUGCAGUGACUGUGGGAAAUCCUUUAUUGAUCAGUCAUCCCUUAAGAAACAUACACGAUCUCACACUGGAGAGAAACCUUAUGAGUGUAAUCAAUGUGGAAAAUCCUUCAGUACAGGCUCUUAUCUUAUUGUGCACAAGAGAACUCACACUGGAGAGAAAACCUAUGAGUGUAAAGAAUGUGGGAAGGCCUUUAGGAAUUCCUCUUGCCUAAGGGUACAUAUGAGAACUCACACAGGAGAGAAGCCCUAUAAAUGUAUUCAGUGUGGAAAAGCAUUCAGCACCAGCACUAACCUUAUAAUGCACAAACGAAUACAUACUGGACAGAAACUAUAUGAAUGAAAUGACUACAGGCUAGCCUUAGGUCCUUCACAUCUCACUCAUUUUAGAACUCACUCUGGAGAGAAACCCUAUUGUGACCAAUUUAGAAAGCCUUCAGGCACAACUCUUUAGUCACGUUAUACUGGAACCAACCUUAUAAAUGUUAUGGUUCUGUGAUUGUAUUUAUCAGUGAGUGUUUAAUCUUUAAAGUGUGACAACUCAUUAAUUGAUGAGUAUUAAAGAUUAUACAGCACUCUAAAUUCCCCUUGAUCUACAUCACAAAAGUUUUGAUACAUAAUGUUUUUAUUGUAAUUAAGUACUAAAUAUUGUCCAUUUCUCAUCAAGAUGUCUUGGACCAAACUAUAGGUUAUUUAGAAAUAUAUAUUUUAAUAUGCAGACUCUGUGCAUAUUUUAGUUAUCUUUUAGUUAUAGAUUUCUAAAUUAAUUGCAUUAUGCACAGAAUGCAUGGUCUUCAUGACACAGAUUCUAUAAGACAUAGAUUCAAACAAAAUUAUUAGAGACUUGCUACAUGGCCUAAUGUGUGAGACAAAAGAAGUUGCUGUCCCAAUAUCCAUUCCUCCCCUCCUUCUUUCAAGUAACAAUACAACUGUGUUCAAAUUAGCAGUGUGGACAGUUCUUAAGGAUUCAUCUCCCAGCUUUCCUUGCAGCUGUGAGUGCCCAUGAGCCCACAGUCCUGGCCAAUGAGAAAGGAGGCAGAGGUCACUGCUUGUGGGUUCUAAAGAAUUCCAUGGAAAUGGGAGCAUCGCAUUUGGCGUUUUCACUUUACCAUUUGCCCUUUGUCUUAUCUCUUCUUUUUUCCUAGAGAAUAGACCAAUAGGAUGACAGUCAUACACUACUGAUUAUAUAAUAAGGACAUAGUAUUUAGCUAUGUAUAAGCAACUAUGGGUUGCUUAUUUCUGGACUUCUUGUAACAUGAAAAAAAUAAACUAACUGGUUUAACACUCUUG